UCUCCUUUAUUUAUCUGAGUUAUGAGAUAAAACUACAUCAGUUAUUGUUAAUGUUGGCAAUAAUAACAGAAAACCAAGGGAAUGUUUCAGGGUGUGAACAUUUCUAAUAACAGGAAAAAUGCAUGAGCAGACAGUGAUCUACAUUUUUAUGCUGUUUAAAAUCCUGAGCUGAAAAUCAGAUUUUAUUUUGGCUGAAGAACUAAAGACCCAAAAGUUAAAAUAAAUCUUUGCAGAAUUACAGACAGUAAAAACCGAAGUCAUAUUUUUCCUUUUGUGUAUUUGAGUUGUGAUAGUUUAAUCUAUUGUCAAACAUCUUUCCUCUCAGAAAAUGGACUUUUCAGAUUCUCUCAGUGUGAUUAUUUGGAUCAACGUCCGUUUCUGCCUCCCUUUUACUUUCCUGCUCAUCGCUUUGUGCUGCCUGGUGCGGUUGGAUCGUGCUCCUGUCUCCUACUACAUGAACCUUCUCCUCUCUAAUCUGGUUCAGCUCAUCAUUCUGAUCGCUUUACCUCGACACUCAGAUUAUCACUGGAAGCAUCUGGUCUCUGUUCACAUCUACGCCUGCUGCGCUUUGGCUGCUCUCUGCUUCAGGAUGGUCAUAGCUCUGGAAAGGUGUUUUUUAAUUUCCUUCCCGCUGCCAUACAGCGUGACACAAACCAAAGGCCUGCUGAUCGUCUGUGUCUUUGUCUGGAUGUUCAGUUUAGGUUCAGGUCCUGUUUUUUUAAAGUUCCUACACGGACUGCUGUUCCUGAUCUUUGCGCUCCUUCCUGCUCCUGUGUUCAUCUUGAGUCUGUUUUGGACCCUCAAAUCCAUAAACACAAAUGUAUCAGUGUCAUCUGAAGAAACAGACAGAACGAUGGGAAUGCUUCUGGUUCUACUGGUUAAUUACUUCGUCUCAAUCUUCCCUGCAGUUAUUUAUUAUAUUUACUUAGGAGAUUUUAACCGCUAUUACUUUAAAAUUGCUGAUAUUUUUCUGACCCUGUUUCUCCUUGGUCCUUGUUUGGAUUUGAUCUUGUUUGUCUUCAUGUGUGAAGGACUUACUGACAAGCUGCUGCUGCGUCUGUGCAGCUGCAGGAAGGAAACCAGUGAAGGAUCUGAUCUCAGCAGCUCAUCAGUUUGAAUGCAGCACAUGAAAAGAAGCAAAGUGAGAGCAAAAAGAAGUA